AUGGUGUCAGCCACCAUGAGUGUCCUGCCGUGCAGCUUCAUCUUCCUCCUCCUCCUCUGCCUCCCCGUCCUCAGCGAGGCAAAGCGGCAGCCGGGUCAGGGGAAACCCGACAAGCCCCGCCAGCCUCCGCCGACGUCCCAACCGGCCAAGAGACCCAGAAACCGCUCAGUGCCCGGAUCUGGAGAGCUGACCACCAAGGAGGGCCAUCGCUGCAUCUGGCAGACGUCCGGUGAGGGUCUGGUGAGCCUGCUGGUGAACUGCAGCACUGAAACACUGGGAGACCAGCAGAGGUAUUGGUGUCGUUAUGCUGGUAAACCAGACCUUUGCCAGGCCUACGGGGUGAAGUCCAGCCAGUACUGGAAGCAGCUGGUCGGGAAGCUGAAGAAGAGGCAGAACGCCUGCGAAGGAGAGAAAGUCCUGAAGGCCAAAACCUGCAAGAAGGCCCCCGCCGAGGCCCACAUGAAGCUCGCCCAACGCAGCGGAGAGGACGAGAGGAAGGGAGGGAAGAAGAAAGGGCCGACGGCCGCUAAGAGCUCGGACGGAGGGAAGGCAGAGCGGAGGAAGAAGAAGGAGGAGGAGGAGGAAGAGGAGAAGAAGAAGAGGGAGGAGUGGACUGGGUUUGAGGAGGAAGGCGUGGUGAACGACAUGGAGCCGGUGCAGAGUUACUGCAGCGAGGGGUGGCACUCCGUCUGCUCCUUCUUCGUCAAGUUUUUUGAGGGUUGA